AUGUCCUCCUCCUCGGAACAAAAAUGGGAACAAAAUCAACAGCCUCUUUUAGGAGAAGAAGAACGAGAAGAACAACAACGACAACACAGAGAGUCGAUGGAGGAAACGACGCAACACCUCAUCGAGGAUUUACAGAUGGAGAGGCGGCAGUCGAUGAGCUUGGAGAGGACGACACUAAUUACUGCUGAUACUACUGCAAACGCGGGGGAGGAUGAUGCGAAGAAGAAUACCGCGGGCACCAUUUCCUCUCUCGAUGGUGGGGAAAAAGAAUUGCCGAAUCAACAACCUCUUGCGCCUCCGUUUAGAUCGGCGGAGACGUUUUUGUCCACGGCGUCGUCGCCGAGAGGUCGCGCGCAAGCGUUUUUGAGGAAUAAGCUCGGGCCGUUUGCCGGUGGUGGUGGAGGAGGGAGUCCCCGAAGCGGCGCGGCGUCGUCGACGCCGGGAACAGAACAGACGUUGCACACGGCGAGGGAGUCCUCGGUGCCGCUUCGGCCUUUGUUGGAUCAGUGCGAAAAGUUACACAGAGAAGGAAGGUUGAGAGAUAAGGCGAUCAUCGACAAUUUGCCGCCGUACAUGAGCUUGACCGAACUUUUACCGCAAACGAAUAAAGUCGCGCUGAGUGGCGGGCACAUGGACCAGAGACAGGCUUUGACGCACGAGGAGUUGAAGAAAUUUAUCGCGCGCUGUCAGAAGGAUUUCGAGAGGUGCGGCGCGACGGCACAUUCGUUGCGUAUCGCGGUGUGCGUUCCAAACGGACCAACGCUGGUGACGAGCUUGUUGGCGACUAUGCACAAGCACUGUUGCGUACCUAUUAACCCGCAAACGACGGUGGAGGAGACCGUGGCGGAGUGUUUGUCCACAAACGUGAGCGUGAUUUUGUACCAAAGAGAUACGGGAGAUAGCGAGAAGAAAAUUAAAAGCGUGGUGGACCAGUUAGGGUUGAUUCCGAUUUUAAUCGUUCCAGAUGAGAAGAAAUCGGGCAUGUUCGAGAUGGAAGGCGAUCCGUUUCGGGUGGACGCGACGCGAAUUAAACGGAAAGUGUUCAGUCGAAGGCAGUUGAAGUCGACGUUUAUGGAAGAUCCCAGAGCGCGCGUCGGAUUGGUGUUGCAUACGAGCGGGUCGAGUGGGAAGAAAAAGGUGGUACCGAUUACGAUAUCACAGCUGGCAGUCGGGGCAAUUGCGAUUGCAUCUUCGUGCGAGCUGAACGAUACGGAUAAGUGUUGUAACUUUAUGCCUUUGUUUCACGUCGGAGGGAUUUGUCGGAACGUGUUGGCGCCAAUCUUUUCUGGUGGCUCGUUAGCGGCGAUGGCGUUUUUCGACGCCAGGGAUUUCUGGAUGACGCUGAAAGCGAGAGAAUCGACGUGGUAUUACGGCGCACCGACCAUGCACGCGUUGAUUCAAAAGUCCGGCGAAGAGAACCCCAAGUUUUUGGAGUACUCGAAGAUUCGCCUGGUCGCCGCGGCGGCGGGGCCGUUGCCGCACACGCUUUCCACACAGUUAAGAAAGACGUUCAACGGAGCCGUGGUGUUGCCUUCGUACGGUAUGACAGAAUGUAUGCCUAUUUCGUGCCCUCCGGCGAAUUACGCUUUGGAGAAACCAGGAUGUUCCGGUCGAGCGAUGUGUCCGGAUAUCGCCAUUUACGAUCCAAACACCGGCGAGGAGUGUAAAACGGACGAAAUUGGCGCGGUAUGCGUCCGAGGCGAGAUUGUCAUGAGCGAAUAUGAAGUAGAUAAAGCCGACGCAUCGUCUUUAGCCAGAGAAGGAUCCGUGUCGGGAAAAUCGUCACCGGCGUUGAGCGGCGCGCAACCGACGCUUGCGAAGUUCUUUGACGGUAAUUGGUUCGAUACCGGCGAUAUCGGUCGUUUAGAUAGCGAUGGAUUUUUAUUCAUCACUGGUCGUUCGAAAGAAGUAAUCAAUCGCGGCGGUGAGAUUAUUUCGCCGAUUGAAAUCGAAGACGCUAUUCAAUCGCACGCGGGCGUUUCUGAAUGCGCCUGUAUUUCUGUGGCGCACGAGACGUUGCAAGAGUGCGUCGGGAUUGUUGUGGUACCAACGCAAGACGCUCUUGCGCAGGCAUCUUUUGCCGCUGGUUUGAAGUAUUUGUGUGAGCACGUCCAAGAUAGAUUACCACCGUCAAAAUGGCCGAGUAUUUUGGUCAUCGCCGAUUCCAUCCCGAAAGGAUUCACCGGGAAAGUCUCUCGUGCAAAAAUUGCCAAGGCAUUAUCCAUUCCAGAAGUGAAAGAAAACGAUAACGAGUUAGAUCGAACGUAUUUUGCCGUAGAUAUGAACCAUGGAACGGAUGAUACCCCUGGAUCUCCGAAAGACGUUGAAGUUAUCCGUGCGAGCGAUAUUGCAAAAGAUCGCGUGACAACGGCGAUGUUAGCGUUGGCCAACGUUGAAGAGGCGGAAACCAUGGUAGAUUCUUCCGGUGUUGUCGUUGGCGUAGUGAAAGUGUCCAACCGAACUGUUGGCGAAGAUGAAAACGAAGACAUGGAGCUUUUAAAGCUCAUUAAACCGAAACUAGCUGGAUGCUUCCACCCGAAAGUUAUCGUUCCGACGAACGUGAUUCCGAGGAACGCCGAAACGGGAGAAGUCGAUUACGAUUAUAUCUUAGGUUUGACAACGAAAGCGCGAGCCGGGAGAAAAAAAUCUGACACAGAGGCGUUGAUUAUUCCGUACUGGGCGGCGACCUUACACGGCGUCGAUCCAGACAUGGUCAACGUAAAGGACGAUUACUUCGCGGUCGGAGGCACGUCUAUUUCCGCCGGUCAGCUGGCGUUCAAGCUUCGAAAAGCGUUUGGGAUGAAAGCGAUGACUGGAGCGGAUAUGUUUGAGCUACGAACCAUCGAAGCGAUUGCAAAGAAGAUUGAUGCGAAAAAAUCCGGUGGAAACUCCAAAGGCGGCUCUGCUGCCGACGAUAAGAGUAAGAAAGUUCCGGUCGGUCCCGUGAAUUGGGUGGAGCCGCAUUCCUCAAUCGCGCAGUCGACUUUGCUCAUCCAGUUAAUUCCGUUGUUCAUCAUUCGACCAAGUUUGACUUUGUUUCGAUGGACGGUGUUUUUGACGACUUGGAGUACAAUUUUUCACACGUUAGCACCGAGCGUUCACUGGUUGCGUCACACGUUGCACUUGAUGGUGACGAGUACUUCCUACGAAGGCACGGCGAGCGUUUUGAAAUUACGACACUAUGGUUCCGUGCAGCUCUUCUCCUUUUUCUUGGCGUUAAUUUGCGUCGAACUGAUUUGCUCGAUUGCGUUUCCGAUGUUUGCCAUUAUUUUCAAGUGGCUUUGCGUCGGAAGGUUACGACCAGGGACGUAUAGGUUAUGGGGUUCGUAUUACUUGAGGUGGUGGCUCGCCGAUCUUGUUCGCGAAAUGUGCGGCUUGGGCGUCUUCAAAACAAACUCGCAAACGUUUACCUUGUACAUGCGUUUGAUGGGAGCGAAUAUUGGUAGGAACGUUUCUGUUUCACCGUCAACAGAUAUUGCAGAGUUUGAUUUGAUCACCAUCAAUAACGGUGCGACAAUUGAUGAGAUUGCCAAAGUGCGCGCGUUUGAAGCGCGACGCGGGGGCAUGCGCUUGUCGCCAGUGUACAUCGGCGAAAAUGCAACCGUGUGCGUUCACGCCAUUAUUGGCCCAGGUGGCAUUGUUCCCGCGAAUGCCACUUUACCACCAUACACAAGUUGGAGAGAGCGCGAUCCGAAUGUGAACGUGCACACGCACAAAGUUUGCGCCAGAGAACGUCUCCCGGGACCGUCGAUGAUUUUCAAGCUUUUUCUAGGCUAUCCGGCAAUCAUGUUUGUACACACCGUACGUUGGGCACCAUGGGCGCUUCUAUUGAAGCUUUUAUACUCCUCUGCGGCCAAAGACGAUAACAUCUUAGCAAACGCCGGCAUGGUCAACUGGCAAAAACAGCUGGAACGCAUCGGCGACGAUACGGACGCCAUGGAAGUGUUCGUCAUGCUCUUAGCUCGACUCUCGUGGCAAGACUGCAUCGUGUGGUUUAUGGAUCCAUUCCGUUUGACGUGUAUUGUCAUGGCGCGUUUGUUACACGAGACCAUUGGUCCUUUGCUUCAAAUCACCGCUGUCAUUUUAGUCAAACGCGUGUACGUUGGUAAAUUUAAGCCCGGAGCGAAUCCAACCGGGUAUUUCGCUCGAGAGUGGGAAUACACACGUCGUUUCUUAAUGUCGCGCUUGCUACCGGAUGGUAAAUUUUGUGGCGCCGGGGAAAUUCUUGGCAAACAUUAUAAGUACACGACUUUCAUUUGGCGUGCGUUAGGUUCGAAGAUUGGCGAACGUAUCUUCUGGCCGGGAAGCGGCGUUCACGUGGCGGAUGGGAUGUACGAUUUAAUCGAAAUCGGUGACGACGUCGUGUUCGGAUCGCGGUCUCGUUUGUACCCGAGCGAUGCUUUAGGUUCUUUGCCCAUCCACAUUGCCAGAGGUGCAAACGUUGCGGAUCGGUGCAUCAUUUACGGUGGCGUGACGUUACACCCGGAAGCUUUGUUGGGAUCUGGUGGCGUCGCUCCGAGACGAACGACGUUGAACGCGGGCAGUAUCCACGUCGGGUCCAGAGACGGACGCGCAGUCAUGCUCAACCCGGGUAAAUCGAGUCACUUGGACGACGAGGUAUCAUUGCGCGUGGUCGAGGCGAAACCUUUUGGUCGUGCAACAUAUCUAGGCUUAGCGACGUACGCUGUGAUUCCGUGGCAAGUCAUGCCGGUCAUCGGGAUCUCCGCGAGAGUAUUGAAAACUGCAUUUAACAUUUUGCCGGUGUAUUUUUCGUGGUACGUCACCGCGUUUUUCACAGCGUCCGUGAUGGACGUCGAGUGGAAGGAUAUACCAGCUUGGCAAUACUUUUCGUUGUUGUACGUGCUAUUUCUCGCGAUCAAAGCGGUACACACGACGCUUUCGAUUGGGUUAGGUUUGAUGAACAAAUGGUUGCUCAUCGGGAAACGUCAACCUGGAAUGUACGCCUGGGAUAAGUCUAGCUAUUGCUUCAGAUGGAAACUUGCCGAUCAGCUGAGUUGGAACGACUAUCCGAAGCUACUUCGAGGCUCUGCGCACUUGUGUGCGUACUAUCGCUUUAAAGGGUGCCAGAUUGGAAACAACGUGUGCUUGUAUCCAACCGGCGCGGAUCCUCCGAUGCCGGAACCUGAUUUGAUUUCCAUCGGCGACGGUGCUUGCGUGAAUUUUGCACAUGUUAUCGCACAUACGAAUACAUUGGGCACUUUUUCGUUGAACACGGUUAUCAUUCGCGAACGCGCAACGUUAUGCUCGGAGUCUCGAGUUAUGGGCGGAUCUGUCAUUGGUCCAGACGCAAUUUUGCUCGACCACACGUUGGCGAUGGUUGGCGACGACGUCGCCGCGGAAGCCAUCUGGCAAGGAUGGCCGGCGAGGCACGUCAUGGAAGAUGCUGAUUUAAAACCAGUAAAGAACACUCCAACCACCGAUAGUGGUUUAUUUCACAAAAAGAACAACACGAAAUGGAAUUCGUUCUUUUCUACUCCGAGAAAACCACGAGGGAAGAGAGGAUACUCGCCGUUAUCGUCGGAUUCUCCGGGCAGCAGGGGAAAAAUGACCGGGAUUAAAGGAGCGUCGUACGGCACUGGUGAUGCGCUGUAA